AUGUAUCAGGUUUUGGCUAUUCUGUGUCUUCUCGGUGCGGCUGAAUCUGGUUUCAUUGGUGGAAUUUCUAGUCAAAGAAGUUAUUUCAGACUUUUUCCUAUCCACACUUUAGGUCAUCGAUACGCCUAUCAACCAGUUUAUCCUUCUGUUCCAACACCAUACGCUUUCAGUUAUGUCGCUCCAGUAUAUGGUGGCUUCAGCUCUCGUCAUGAAUCAGGAGACGGAUUUGGUCACGUGAGUGGAUCAUACAAGGUUUCUGAUCCGGAUGGGCGCCUAAGGAAAGUCCUAUACACUGCCGGACCCGAAGGAUUCAAAGCUCGUGUUUACACCAAUGAACCAGGCACUAAGAGUAGUUACCCUGCUCACGUGAACGUCCAAUCUUCUGCCCCUGUUCCACCUCCAUACUAUCCACCCAAAAAAAUCUACAACUAUGGAGGUGUGCACAAGAAAAUUAUCAUCAUUCCAGGUAGCGGUCCAUGGAAACAUUAA